GAAGCGAGCCGGAGCACGGAGCGGACCGAGCGGGAUAUUCUCAGGGUAUCAAGGUGAACGAAAGAGCUAUCGUGAAAUGAAAAACUGAAGAACCGCCUGCGGAUUUUAGAGAAGAAGAUUUGAGGGGAAAACAUAUUCGGAGAUAUUUCGCUUCAGACACAGAGAGAAGACAGACAGCUCACCGGCCAUGCAGCACUAUGGGGUGAACGGCUACUCGCUCCACGCUAUGAAUUCACUGAGCGCCAUGUACAACCUUCACCAGCAGGCGGCGCAACAAGCCCAGCACACCCCCGACUACAGGCCCUCAGUGCAUGCCCUCACUCUUGCAGAGAGACUAGCUGGCUGCACAUUUCAAGACAUUAUCCUUGAGGCCCGGUAUGGCUCCCAGCACCGAAAGCAGCGGCGCAGUCGGACAGCCUUCACCGCCCAGCAGCUGGAGGCCCUGGAGAAAACUUUCCAGAAGACCCACUACCCUGAUGUGGUGAUGCGAGAGCGUCUGGCCAUGUGCACCAACCUGCCCGAGGCACGCGUUCAGGUGUGGUUCAAGAACCGCCGGGCCAAGUUCCGUAAGAAGCAGCGCAGCCUGCAGAAGGAGCAGCUCCAGAAACAGAAGGAGGCGUCCGGAGCUGCAGAGGGCUCUACGGAGGACUCCAAGACUGACCUCAACACUACCACCACCAACACCACCACCGAUGCUGCCACCACCACCACCACCCUGGUUCCCGAGGCCCGCACUCCUCCCCCUCCCUCCUCCUCUUCAUCCUGUCACUCAGAGACAGAGAGGCAGGCAGCCGCACGGCACCAGCCCGGGGAGAUGAGCGUGGAAGUCAACGUCACCUCCCCCGAGCCGUCGGACAGCGAGUCAGCAGCAGAGGAUAAUGCUGACAGAGAGGAGGACGAAAUGAGAGGGGAGACCGGGUUGAAGAUCAGGGAGGAGACGCAUGGGGAGGGGGGCGCGCAGCCGGGGAGCAGCUCCCCAUCCUACAAACAGCUGAGCCCCACAUUAGACUCCCCCCUGUGCUCCCCCACCAUGCCGUCCUCCAGCAGCGUGACCGGCGGUUUGGCGCAGGGCAACUCCUACGCUUCGUCUCCUCUCAGCCUCUUCCGGCUGCAGGAGCAGUUUCGCCAGCACAUGGUGGCCACCAACAACAUGGUGCACUACCCGUCCUUCGAAAUGAGCCCGCCGCCCUCUCUGCCCUACCUGGGCAUGAACGUCAACAUGCCGCCCCCGCUGAGCUCGAUGCCCUGCCAGUCCUACUACCAGACCAUGUCGCAGGCCCAGCAGGUAUGGAACAGCCCGCUGCUGCAGGCGCCACCAGGCAGCCUCCCUGGAAGCCUCAACAGCAAGACCACCAGCAUAGAGAACCUCCGUAUGAGGGCCAAGCAGCAUGCAGCCUCGCUGGGAUUGGACACGCUCCCCAACUGAAGCUCGGGCUGCUCAGUCGAAGUGUUCGCCCUCCAGUCAGGGCCGUACCUAUGAAUUAUGGGCCUUGUCCAGUGGAGGUGACUCUGGGCCCCUCUUCACUUUCCUCUUGACCCCUCAUCACUGUCAGCGACUGUGUGUAUCCAUCCAAAACGCAGACACAUCUCCAAAAAUUCUUUCUAAAAAUCUCAGAUUCAAACUUAAGCUACUGGCUGCUACCCAAUUGGCUAACAUAACAAUAAUUCACAAGUCCUCUGAUCAAAAUCUGUCCAAAGUUAAAAUUUGUGCUUGUGUCAUGUUAUUUUACUGAAACCCAAUUUCAAAAACAGAGAAAAACGUUUUUUUAGAGCAGGCACUUUAGGCGCCCUCCCUCAGUUUGGAGCUCAGGGUUGUCAACGCACCUAUUCCCCUUCACCUCAUCGUCACCAUGUGGGCAUGCAGCUCACUGCUGGGAGCACAACAGGACAUGAAGAACAGCUCUGUCCUCAAUGAACUUGAUGUAAAAAAAAACUAAAAAAAAAACUGGACUGCAGCUGUGACUGAACAGUACUUUUUGCCUGUGGAUCUUUGCUUGUAUUCGAUUCCUCCUGUUCACCAACACAAGCCAACUCUACUAAUGCUAGCUGCUCACUAUGAUUUCAGCCUCCUCUGUGAAGUCACGGAAGACAGUUUUGAAACUACAGAGCUGAUUCCAGGACAGAUAUUUAAAUGUUCUAUAAUUCAACCCCUGAAUGUGAACUAUGCAUGCGUGCACCCCUCUGAAGCAUGGCUUACAGCCGCAAAACCCAGAAUGAAGCCGCAUCUGAUCUGUUAUCAGAAGUAAAGCUCAGAUCAUAAUCCCCCAACAAGUGUAUUUCUUUGUAGAUGACAAAUGACUCCUUGUUUGAAGUUACAGCACUCAGCAGAAUCCAUUGAGCGUUGUAAAUAUCCUUCAGUGUUCGCCUGCAUCUGCCUGGCUGAAGAGUAACUCCAUGUCUUCUUUUGUGUGAAGGAUUUGAGAGGAAACGUUUGGUGUGUUUUUACAAUUGUGGCUUUAAGCAAAGGACCUACAGCAACAGUGAAAUAAGGGAGAAUCUGCGGAGGAGGCACAGCGACAAAUAUAUAUAUGAGC